UCUUUCUCUCUCAUGCUCAGAGGCUCUUUGAUCUUUGCUCAACAACAGUAACGUCAUUGCUUAGCAGAGAACUAAAGGGGAGUUUUGUUGAAAGGAGCGAAGUUUGGGAGCCUCCAGAGGACUGAAGUCGCAGUAGCAGUAGGGCAUCUGAGGAAGUUCUUGUUAGUGCUCGUUCUGAAAGCUUCGAAAGCCCAAAGCUUAUAUCUCGCCGGAGACAUGGAACAUCAGCUGCUGUGCUGCGAAGUGGAGACCAUCAAACGUGCAUACCAAGACGCAAAUCUGCUCAAUGACAGAGUUCUACAGACAAUGCUAAAAGCUGAAGAGAACUACUUACCUUCUGCAAAUUACUUUAAGUGUGUACAGAAAGAAAUUGUGCCUUACAUGAGGAAAAUUGUUGCAACUUGGAUGUUGGAGGUCUGUGAAGAGCAGAAAUGUGAAGAGGAAGUUUUUCCUUUGGCUAUGAACUAUUUGGACAGAUUUUUAUCUGUGGAGCCCACAAAGAAAACCAGAUUACAAUUAUUGGGAGCUACAUGCAUGUUUCUGGCUUCAAAAAUGAAAGAAACGAUUCCUCUCACUGCAGAAAAACUCUGUAUUUACACCGACAAUUCAAUCAGACCCGGCGAAUUAUUGCAAAUGGAACUUUUAGUGUUGAACAAGCUGAAAUGGGAUCUCGCUUCAGUGACCCCCCAUGAUUUCAUUGAACAUUUCCUUUCCAAACUGCCCAUCCACCAAGACACCAAGCAGAUCCUCCGCAAACACGCUCAGACUUUCGUGGCUCUUUGUGCAACAGAUGUAAAGUUUAUCGCUAACCCCCCUUCAAUGAUUGCAGCUGGUAGCGUUUCAGCAGCAGUGCAAGGCCUUCACCUAAAGAAUGUCGACCGUAUGCUGUCCUCUCAAAACCUCACUGAAUUUUUGUCACAAGUUAUCAAGAGUGACCCGGACUGUUUGAGAGCUUGCCAAGAACAGAUAGAGUCCCUUCUUGAGACAAGUCUGCGCCAGGCACAGCAACAUAACAUCUCUUCAGAAACAAAGACUCUCGAUGAAGAAGUGGACCUUUCCUGCACACCAACGGAUGUGAGAGACGUUAACAUUUGAGAGGACUAUCCAUGGAGUUUUGUCAUGGCAACCCAACAAAAGGCUUUUCGAGAAGGACGAGUUGGCCUAGCAUCCCAAAUACAUCGAGUACAGAAAAAAAAAAACAAAGAAAAAAUAUCUUCACGAUGAUUAUUAAAAAAAACAUAUAACUAAAGAAGGGAAAAUAAUAAAUACUUCUUUGGUUCUUUUUCGUCCCUUGCACCUGUGGCAUAAAAUUUAAAAAAAAAAAAGCAAAAAAAAAAAAAA